GCGGUGGAGUGGAGACUGGCAGUCAACACAAGCACAAGCCAAGAAGCGGUCGACACGGUCGGACGGCACACAACCCGGACAGUACAUUUCCCCUCAGUGCACGCCGGACGGCGCCAACACCGACACCUUAUCGCUGAUCGGCUGAUAAAAAGCGCAACCUGGCACGUUAUCACUUCAGCAACUUCGGUAAAGCCAAGUAUGGCCAAGUGGUGAGUUCAGCGCCGUGGACCCCAGUCGGAAAAUUUCACCAAGAAGAGGAGCCGCCGACCAACACCAGGAUGAUGUCCAACGGCCAGAUCGUGGGCGAUGGCUCUUGGAACCUCAGGGUUUUCAUCACCGACUUCGAAAUGGAGCGCACCCUGCGGGUCAAGGGGGAUUUGCACAUUGGAGGAGUCAUGCUAAAGCUCGUGGAGGAGCUUGAGAUCACAAUGGAUUGGUCGGAGCACGCCCUUUGGUGGCCGGCGAAAAACCGGUGGCUGCUGAGGACGCGAUCCACCCUAGACCAGUGUGGGGUCGGGGCCGACGCUACGCUCCAUUUCACGCCGAUGAAGAAGAAGCUCAGGGUCCAACUGCCUGACCUGCGUUACCUGGACGCCACGGUCGACUUCUCCGUCAAGACAUUCAACGCCGUCGUUCACUUGUGCAGAGAACUUGGUGUCCGCCACCCUGAGGAACUAUCCUUCUGCAAACCCCUGGAGCCGAACCACCUGAAAUACAACCUGAAGGACCUGCCUCGAAAGCGCCAAGAGAACGGACACGUCCCUGCUGACACAAACACAUUCGUCGCUGGAGACUCGCACAGUUCAAACAGCUCUCUGGAAAAGAGCAACUCGACGCCAUUCUUGUGCGCUCCGGUGUCGCCUCCAAGAAACAACCACAGCCACAGCAAUGCAACCACACCAAUCAGCUCGCCUCUUAACACCACUGGCACGUGGAAGAGAAACAACCAGACGAACGGAGGCCCGCUGUUCAACGGCGCCAACGACUCGACGUUCAACACAAGCGUGCUGUCGAUCGAGGCGCUGAACGGCAGCAUCGACUCGUCGCUGGCGUCCAGCCCCGCGCACCCGAGUCCUGAGGCGCGCUCCAAGCUGCUCAGGCCCAAGUCGCUGGUGGAGCGGGCGCGCAUGAACGUCGCAUGGCUCGACUCGUCGCUCUCGAUCAUGGAGCAGGGCGUCAGGGAGUACGACACGCUGUGCCUGCGCUUCAAGUUCUACUCAUUCUACGACCUUAACCCCAAGAACGACAUGGUCAGGAUCAACCAGAUCUACGAGCAGGCCCGGUGGCAGAUCAUCAACGAGGAAAUCGACUGCACCGAGGAGGAGAUGCUCAUGUUCUCGGCACUUCAGGUACAAGUUAAUCUUCAGGCUGGCCAGAAACAACCCCAAUACGAAGACUCGUUGCGCGAGGAAAACAACGACGAAGAUGAUAUUGACGCCGCCCUCACAGACCUCCAAGUAACUCUGGAAGGCUCCAACAUCAGCCGCGGGCCCAAUGACAUCACCUAUGUUCCAGAACUCUCUGGCUACAUGAGAUUCCUGAAACCAAAAAGGUUCACCCUGAAAGCGUUCAAGCGCUACUGGUUCACCUGCCGCGACCUGAGAUUGGAGCUGUACCGUUCGCGCGAGGACGCCAACGCCGGCGCGCAGUACUCACACCUGAUCAAUUUGCGCGGCUGUGAGGUGACGCCUGACGUGAACAUCUCGCAGAACAAGUACGGCAUCAGGCUGGAAGUGCCAAGCGCUGACGGCAUGUCCGAGAUGUGGAUCAGAUGCGAGAACGAGGAGCAGUACGCAAAGUGGAUGGCCGCGUGCAGGCUGGCCUCAAAGGGCAGAACCCUGGCCGACAGCUCGUAUGACAACGAGGUCAAGACCAUCCAGGCCUUCCUUUCUAUGCAACAUCCGGCCCAAGCGCCGGCCAUCAAUCCAGCCGGACUCGGUCUAGACAUCACGCCUGAGGACUACGUCGCUCCCAGGUACAUCAGGAAGCUGAAGAGCAAGUUGGUGCAGAGAAUUCUUGAAGCGCAUGCCAACGUGAAGGACCUGAACCUGAUCGAGGCGAAAAUGAACUACAUCAAGGCCUGGCAGUCACUGCCCGAGUAUGGAAUGUCUUUGUUCAUCGUCAAGUUCAUGGGCCACAAGAAGGAGGAACUGCUAGGCGUUGCAUUCAACAGGCUGAUGCGCAUGGAGAUGAGCUCUGGAGACCAUCUUAAGACCUGGCGCUACAACACGAUGAAGGCCUGGAACGUGAACUGGGAGGUGAAGCACAUGAUGGUGCAGUUCGAGGAGGAGAACAUCAUCUUCAGUUGUCUCUCAGCAGAUUGCAAAGUGGUCCACGAGUUCAUCGGUGGCUACAUCUUCCUCUCGAUGAGGUCGAAAGAGGCGAACCAGUCGCUGAACGAGGAACUCUUCCACAAACUGACCGGCGGUUGGGUUUAAUCCACCAUUAUUUCUGCGUGCGUGUGUGUACAGAGUCGCAAUUUGCGUGGGGGGUCGUCUUAUUAAAAGUGCCAUUGGCUAACAAGAACAUGUCAUGUAGAUGUUGCAUGAUAGCGCUUGAUUGCUUAACAAAAACAGCCCAGUGUAUCAUAAUUUUUAUUUAAAGUAAUUUUACGACUUUGGUUCGUCCGUUUUCUGCAAGCUGGUGAGCGUACGCGAGUGAACAGUGGUUUGUUUGGACAGACUUUAGUGCAGUAUUGGAGCAAGCCGGGUUUACGUUUUAGAAGCUGAAGAAGUUUGUUGACUUUGUUCUGUACAGACUCUUGAAAUAGAACUGCUGCAUUGCAUAUAUUCUAAUUUGAAAACACGUCGUGACAGGAAGAAAACUUUUGUGAUACUAAAACAAGAUAAUGCGGCUGAGGAGACAUGCCUUUUUUAACAGCACACACAUACACUUCUCUUUUAUUACAAUAUUGCUGUAUUAAUGCGCAACACUCUAUUUUUUACCCUUGCUUUACUCGUACCCACAAAAAACGACAGUGUUGCCGAUGUAACGCCCUCAAAUGUUGACAAUGUGAAAAUUAUUUUAUUUUUAGAGAAAAUGUGGUCGACCGUAACUGCUACUUCUGUAAAAUUAGGUGUUGACGUAGUCGGUAAGAUGCAGUUAUUACUCAAACAUAUUACAUAUAUAUAUUUCAGGAGAACUAUAAUGUAAUGUAAUCUCUGUUGAUAGACAUACUGCUUGGCUAUUAAAUAUUGAGCUGAAGUGGCCGUAUAAAUAUUUGUAACAUAUUAAAUAAAGCUAAUCUUUUGUUAAUGAUUAAAAA